AUGGUGAAGUCAACUUCAUCCAUAUUACGCAUCAUAUAUCCACAUCAAAAACCCCACACCGCCAAAAUAGGCCGCAAACACCGUCCUCGCCACUCCAAAGGCUCUGGCCAAAAUAUUCGCUACAAACGAGACAAAAUGGGUCAAGAAAACUCCCACGAACAGAUCGACCCUGACACACCUCCCAAAACACUCUCAUCGCGCUCAAUCGAAGGCAUAGCAAAGUACAUCCAAGAUGGCCUCCCCAAACGCAUCGUUGUGAUGACCGGCGCGGGCAUCUCCACCUCGGCAGGAAUUCCUGAUUUCCGAUCACCUGACACCGGACUCUACGCCAACCUCGCACGUCUAGAUCUCCCAUACGCGGAAGCCGUCUUCGAUAUCUCUUACUUCAGACAAAAUCCGGAUCCAUUCUACGUGCUGGCGAAAGAGCUGUAUCCCGGAAAGUUCUUCCCGACCGUCUCGCAUGCGUUUGUCGCGUUGUUGGAUGAGAAGUCUUUGUUGAUGAAGCUGUUUACGCAGAAUAUUGACUGUUUGGAACGGAGGGCUGGUGUGUCUGGUGACAAGAUUAUAGAGGCUCAUGGGAGCUUUGCUACCCAGAGGUGUAUUGAGUGUAAAUCGGAGUUUCCUGAUGGUUUGAUGAAGAAGGCCGUGAUGAGCGGCGAUGUGCCGCACUGUCUUGUUCCGCAGUGUAAUGGGUUGGUGAAGCCGGAUAUUGUGUUCUUUGGGGAAGCUCUGCCCCAUGCAUUUCAUAUGAAUACGCAUGUGCCUGGGAAAGCUGACUUGGUUAUUGUGAUGGGUACUAGCUUGACCGUACAUCCUUUUGCUAGCUUGCCUCAGUCUGCAAGCGAAGGAGUACCACGUCUUUUGAUCAACAAGGAGCAAGUUGGCGACUUCGGCAGCCGACCGGAUGACGUCGUGUUUCUGGGAGACUGUGAUGAAGGGGUCAGGAAGCUGGCAGAUGCAUUGGGAUGGCGAGAUGAGCUUGAGGAAUUGUGGUUGGAGGUUGGAGGAAAUGUGAAGCAAAAGGAAGCAGAGAGAUUGCGGGAGGAAAGAAAGGCGAUGUCGAAGGAUGAGGUGUUGGAGGCGGAGAUUAAGCAGUUGACUCAAGAGAUCGAUGCUACACUGCAAGUGUCUAGCGAUCACCAACAACGAACAAAUGAUCGUCUUCAGAAGACAGGCUCGCAAUCAGCACAAUCAAUAACUCCAGACGACCCCGAAAAACUCGAACCCUUAUCUACUGCUUCCAUUGCUGCUGCCCCGGAGCUCACACAGAACGAUGACGAAUUGAAAGAGCCUCCACCAACCCCAGCAACCAAAGUAACCGCGCCUUUGAGUCCCGAGAGACCAAAUACUCAAUCUCUAGCGGAAGCUCCAAAGGUCAAUCCCAAGGCGAUCCUCGAUGUCACCCUACCGCAAAACAAGCCAAGCGAAAACAACAAACCAUCAUCACACAUGUGA